UCGCUGACUUCGCUGCCAUUUUCUGCUUCCUCGCUCGCUCGCUGAUGCCCUCAGUAGCAAUGGUGGGCUUCAGCGUCCUUCGGUCUACUGCCGCCUUUGCGGCCAGACUGAACCCGUUUAAACAGGCUAUUUCUAAAGGAAACUUGCUCACCAGGACUGCAUCGCAAACCGAAAAAGCGGUGGUCCGUUAUGGGAGUCAUGGAAAACAGAUGUUCAUUAUCAAGCCCAGUGAUUUCUACGACAGGAGGUUCCUUCAUUUACUGAAAUACUACGUUUUGCUCACCGGUAUCCCUAUUGCAGUUUUGGUAACAUCUGUGAAUUUGUUCGUUGGUGAAGCUGAGCUGACUGAAAUUCCGGAAGAUUAUGUCCCAGAACACUGGGAGUAUUACAAGCACCCCAUUACCAGGUGGAUUGUGCGGAAUAUCUACGACCCCCCGGAGAAGGACUAUGAGAAGAUGAUGGCACUGAUUCAGAUUGAGGCUGAGAAGGCCAACAUGAGGCUGUCCCAGCAGGAGGCUCGCAGGCACAUGCGGGCGCACGGUGACGGUCCCUGGUUCCAGUACGGCACCACGGACAAGGACCUCAUCGACAACAGCUACAAGUCGACUCCGGACACCUGAUCCAAAAACCACGUCGUGAAAUCCUCCAGCUACGGUGUGGUGCGGUGUGGUGUGGUGUGGUGUGGUGUGGCUUGUCUACACUAUCAGCGGUCUUAAUGCUGAUGAUAGUAUGUAUAUGUUUGUAUAAUUUCUCUAACUGGCUGAAAUAAAGCCCAUUUCAGUUUAUCUAAAA